CCCGCUUUCCCAGAGAUUGGCUACAGAGCAUGAUGAUGCCUUGGAGGGGACGCUGGCUAUGGAUGAUAUGUACGAAGGUGAGGGUGUUGUCGAGCCGGAUGAACCCGCGAGACAUGCACAAGUACCUACGUCUGAGCAGGGCAGAGGUGCUGACAGCGUGGAUUGUGCAGAGGAGCUGCCUGUGCACAGACGUGACGCAAAUGAUGGACACGACCAAUUGCGGUCACUUGACGAUAAGUGGAGACGUGCACGAUGGACUGGCGAUGCAUGGACUGAUGAGCCGGAGGUCCGCGGGCUGUGUAGAUCUAAUGCAUGGUGGCAGCAAUUGAAGAGAAUGAUAGACAUGAUGGAGCCGUGUUACGAUUUCCUUAGGGACAUGGACCGCGAUGGGUCGUCGCCGCCAGGUUUGUGGGAUCUGCAGUUAAUCUUCCGGAGGAAGAUUGACGCUCUGCUGUUGGACGACCAAGAGAGGGCGCCUGUCAUGGAGAUUGUGGCAGAUAGGUGCGCGAUGAUGCGUCAGCCUGCCUAUGCCGCGACUUAUUUGUUGCAUCCUCGUCGGCGCGACGUGUCGUUGUUAAGGGAUCGUUCGGCCCCUGUUCUUCUCAGUGCCGACAGGCGGCCGGAGAGUCGUUAUAUCGAGGUGUGGGCGGAUAUGGUAGAGGACCCCCCUGAGGAGAUCGACGAUACAAAUGUCAUCCCCGCAGAUGUGGCUGAGGAUGACUGGGAGCUCAUGGAUCAGGUUAACCGUUGCAAGGACGGUCGUAAUCGGAUCACGUCUGUAUCGACAUAUGAUCGUACGGCAGAUGCAAUGUCCCCAUGGCAGGAUGCGGUGUGGAUGCACCGUGAGAUGAUGGAGGAGCCGCAGGAGAAUCGGGGCAGAGGGAAGGCGGUUGCAGAAGACCAACAUGAUAUUUUCAACGAUUGGGCGACAUUGGACCCUCACACGGACCUCGACUCGUACGUCGAUGGCAGUUUCCAGGCGGUGAGGACCCUUCGGAGCAGGGUGGGAAGCCACGUUGAUGUUGAGGGUCUAUUGGCAACAGACGAUGCAGAGGGGGCAGAGGAGGACAUUGAGCACCGCCAUGAUGACAUUCUUGCCUCGACGUCACAACCACGGGUGGUGGAGAUAGGGUCACCAUGCGCCACAACAUCACAGCACGUCAAUCAUCCAUCGUCCUCCCGUUUUGCACGACCGACCAGCGUCGAUUCCGGAGGUCUGGCGGCACAUGCUUCUGCCGCGUUAGAUCAGCCAGUGGAGCACAGGGCACAACACAGGGAGGGGGUGCAGCAGGUGGUAGAGCAGCUCGCAAAGCGUCCGGGGGUCAGGCAGAGUGUCGUGCAGACGGUGGAUCAGAGGGCGGACAUGGCUGCAGAGGAAUCGAUGGGGCAGAGGGUUGAGCAGAGGGUGGGUGACAGCACAGACCAUAGCUUGUACGAGAAUGCACACCCGAUGGACAAGGACGGCGCUCGACCAAUGGUGGUGCAGACUGUAGAGCAGCGGGUUGGGGAAGGUUUGGCCGCAACAGUGGAACAGAGGGCGGUCCAAAGCAUACAUCCAUGUGCUCCCCUUGCUGCAGAUCAUAGGGUGGAGCAGAGGGUGGAACAGAGGGUGGAAGUCAGGGUGGAUGUGAGUGUGGAGCAGCAAGUGGAUCAAGGGCGAUCAGGCAUUGUACGAGAGAGAGUGAGUGAGAGGAUUGACGUGAGUGUCGUCCGAGAUGAGGGCGUUGUGAUGACGGAGGAUAGGAUGGAGGACAGGAUGGAGGAGAUGGGUAGGGAUCUCCGGCAGGAGAGCCGUGCUCGAGACAUGACACUCACAAGGGGUUCAUUCUACGGGAUUCCUCCACUGCCCCCACGUGCCGCACAAUCUUCGGAAGAGGUGGAUCUUGUUGUGCAUUGCAUGUCCCCAGCACAUCGCCUGGCAGCUCAGGAGAGAGCAUCUGGAGGAGUUAGAGGAGCUGUCGACGACGGCUCCAGGAUAGCGAUGCAGGGAGGGGGACGCAGCUUGUUAAUGACAAGUCGCAUCCCCUUGACCAGUCCAGUAGGCAUACCGCCAUCGCCAGCGCCCACGGACAUCUACUCACCCAACACUUCCAUGCUCAUUGAGGGCCCUACUCAUCCCGAAUCGCUACGACCAUCUUCAUCUAGGACGGCUACCACUCCCGACCGCAGUCCGCUUGGCAUGCCCCUGCUUCCGGCACGACAGUCCUCGGCUAUCCGCGAUAAUGUCAAGACGAGUCAUGUUGGCAGGAAGAAAGACAAAGGGAUGAUGAUGUAGGCGAGGAGCCACCUCCUGCAAGUCCAACAGUAGGCACCAGUCGAGGUCGUGGCCGCCCCCGUGGCUCCGGCAGAGGCCGAG